AUGAGCCAAAAGAAGCGGAAGCAAUCGCGGAGUGAGUAUUCUAAUAUUCCCCUGAUAUGCGAAGCUGAUAAGACGUCAAGCAUAGUAUUCGUUCAUGGGCUGCAGGGCCACCCGAAGAACACCUGGACGUCGAAAUCUAGAUCAUCGAAUGCAAGCACUCCCAAGUCCACCGACAACCUCGAAGAACGCCUCACAUUCUGGCCGUACCAUCUUCUCCGCGAGGACUGCAAGAAUGUACGCAUACUUACGUGGGGCUACAACUCAAAUGUUUCGGAGUUCUUCAGUGGGUCUGCGAACAAAGGCAAUAUAUUGUCGUACUCGCGCGACCUGCUGGGAGAUUUAGCCGGAGAGCGGAGAUCAUGUCCAACUCGACCAAUAAUUUUUGUUGCGCAUUCCCUUGGAGGUAAAUAUCCUCUAUCUAGAUACAUGCUUCUCCGCGCGAGCGAGAGCGAGGGAGAGCGGGAUAAGAAUAUCUACCUAUCUACGAAAGCAAUACUGUUUCUCGGUACUCCACACGGAGGCGGCAAUUUUGUUGAUUGGGGCGAAACUGCAAGGAGAAUCGUGAGUGCUAUUGGUUUCGACACUAACCACCAAAAUACUCGCGAUCUUGCUAUUGAUAGUCCAAUGUUGGAGGAUUGUCGCGAACGCUUUCUCAAUCUACACAAUCGCAGAAAUUUUGAGAUAUGUACUUUUCAAGAGGCAUGUGGCAUGAAGGGUACUUCGCUACUAGGUCUCAACCGGAAGGUUGUGGAUGGUGUCUCGUCGGAAUUCCCUGACACAGGAAGAAGGUUCACAAUCAAUGCCAACCAUAUGGAGAUGUGUAGGUAUUCGAGCAGAGAGGAUGAUGGGUACAGGAAGGUCUCCCGCGAGUUGCGCAUUUUGUGUGAGGAGAUUGAGAAAAGCCUCAAAGAGGAAGAAGCUUUAAAGCAUCAAGAGCGUCAGUGA